GCUUUACGCACUAGGAAGUACUCGGAAACAAACCUUGUAUUCAUUUAUUCAUUUCAUUCACUUACACUUAUCAGACAUUUCUGACAGCAAGUUCUUCACGUACUUUCAUCCUCAAUGUUGGAGUGUCGGAAGCGUGUCAUUAACGGCAGUUUGGACUGUAACUUAAGAAAAGACUCAAUGUUUGGCGUAAAGAAGAAACGUUAGGCUGUGUUCAGAGCCAGAGGAUUCAGAUAGAAAAAAAACCCCCGCUGACAGCGUUUGUUCGAAAAAGCAGUUAAGAGAGUCUUUUGUUACCAUAACAAUGUAUGCUCAUUUAGAGUUGAAAUGUUUAAUGUUUGAAAACCUAGGCAAACAGGUGAGUUAAAAUGUAGUUAUUAUAUGGCAACGAUAGAACGAGCGUUCUGAUUGGCUAAGGAGUGGUCAUGCCUCCCGCGUAUUGCCCAAUCAGGGGUCUCAGCGGGUGAUUCGGAAUUGCCUAUUGCCCUCCGACGAAAAUUUCUUGUGAGAGGACCUGAGAGCUCAACAAAACUACAUUUUUUUUCUACUUACAAUAAACAUUUCCUUUGAUUUACAAAAUGAGCAAAAGCGAACACUCUGAUAGUGAGUUUUACUAUCCAGAUCAACAGGAAAUCGUUACAACUGGAAGUGGAGAUGACGAUAAUGAAAACAACAACAGCCAGGAGAAAAUUGAGGACAUUCUAAAAGAGCAGAAAAGUGCAAACACUGCGAGAAAAACAACAAGCGACCUGGAAACACUUCAACGGUACUUAUUAAUCGACAAGGGUAAAAUAGGAAUGGUUAACCUACCAGCUCCCGAGCUUGACCAUUUGCUUGCAAAGUUUUUCAAGGACGUGCACACGGUAAAUGGCGACGAGUACGAGCCCGAUAGUGUAUCUAACGUUCAGAGGAGUAUCCAUCGAUUCCUUACAGACCAAAAAUAUCCACACAACAUCCUCAAGGACAAUGAGUUUGAAAGGUCCCGUAGAGUAUUAGCUGCCAAACGGCAAGCUGCUGGAAGCUCUGGUCUAGCGCAGCGAAUCGAUCGAAAAGUGAGAAACCAGUCUGUCCGCAAAACAAGUAUCAGCAGGGUAUUGAAUGCCAACACACCAGAGAACUUUGUGGCACAAUCGAGUGGCCACAAAAACACCCAAAGUCUUCAAUCUUUUAAAUCGGCCAACGAACAGCACCAGCGGCAAAUGUCCAAUAUCCUGAGCCGAACAGAACAACCUCCAACCAAGAGCCUACCAGCCCCAUCGCAAGGUCCUUCUUCUCAUGCUUCAGGUCACAUGAUUGAUUGUGAGAACGCAGUAGACGACAGGAGGGAGCGAAAGGUCCCGACAUCCUCAGGAGAAGGGCCUGGGGUGUCCCCGUCCCAAGACAGCUUGCUCAAGAGAGCAUCUCAGUCAGUCAACUACGGCAGGCGUGCACCGAAUGUGACCUAUCUUUCAAAAUCCAGUAUGAGUAGACACAAGAGAACACAUACAGAAGACAAGAAAGCACCAAAACUGCGGCAUACAUGCUCAGAAUGUGACAAGUCCUUUGUUAGGAAAAGUGGUCUUACUCAUCAUCAGAAAAUUCACACAGGAGAGCGGCCCCACCUGUGCUCUUAUUGUGGCAAGACAUUUAGGAUGAAGGGAGCUUUGACCAGCCACAUACGCGUGCAUACGGGUGAACGACCCUACGGCUGCUCAGUUUGUGGGAGGAGGUUCAUCCAGCCCUCAAACCUGGUCUCUCAUAAGCGAUUGCACACUGGUGAGAGACCCUACCUGUGCUCUUCCUGUGGCAAGGGUUUCCCAACUUCGGGGUCAUUAUUAGUUCAUACACGGAAUCAUACUGGAGAGCGUCCCUACAAGUGUGAGUUCUGUGGGAAAGGUUUCAUUAUAUCCAGCCAUCUCGAUAUGCACAGGAGAUCUCACACGAAGGAGAAACCCUAUGCUUGUUCAGUGUGUAAGAAGAAUUUUGGGACAGCUUCAGGGCUGAAGAAACAUAUGAGAACACACACAGGGGAGAAACCCCAUGAGUGUUUAUUUUGUGGUAAAAGGUUUUCCCAGCGAUGGAAUAUGAAAAUUCAUCAACGUGUGCAUAGGUGACAUCUCCGGAUCUGUGGAGAUUUUAGUAAUAGUGAUGUCGUUCACCAUUUAAAUGUCCGCUCAUGGUUGACUGCAUUAAAUAUGCACAGCUUUCGAGCUUUGAUACUUGUGCACAAAGUGUGCCUAUUGUCACGCAAAUGGUGAAGGGAUGUUCGGGUAAAUCCAAUGGAAGUUACUAGUGACAUGGUGCCAGAUCUCAAUCACAAAUCGCACAGCUAUCCAGGGGUUAAAAUCUCGACCUUCAUGUAAAAUGUUGAAGCUUUGCGACCUUCAGAAAUAUUCAUACUUUUGUGCAUUGUAAGCAAGCAUUUCACGGUCACUGUUACAUAAAGUGUCACUACUGUCUGGCAUUGUCACACAUUUUUUCAUAGUUCUUGUAAAGGAAACUUUGUGAAUCAGGGAAUUGUACCUCUCGGUAAUUAAAGAUAAAGAUUAAAC